AUGCGGAAACUCCUCCGACGAAUUUCGAGGCCCUCCCACGCCUCGGCUUCGCAAGAUACCUUCCAAAUCGAUAUUGACCCUUGUAUGACUUCUCUAUCCCACCUCGCGACUGAGAUUCGCAAUCCGACCGCCGUCGUCCGCGUGGAUGUGCAAGGGGCGACGCAAUGGAAGGAAAUCAGGCACACAAUGGGUCACAACGCCGUCGUUGAUGAUGAUGCAGCCAGUGGAAAGAAGCUCUUCCGUAUAGCGUCACUGUCGAAACCACUGAUUAACCUGGUUUAUUGCAUCAUCAUUGAAGAUAAUACGACAGUGACGGGCGUCAGACGCCUCGACUGGGACACGGAUGCCUUUGUCUUCUACAAUUCGUUAUGUAAUGUCGACGAGCCGAAGAUUGAGAUCCACACUGGGGGCCCCAAAAUCGACGAACUUCUCCUGCACCGAAACGCCUUCGCAGACAUAAAUCGAUUUCUCUUUGCUCCCGACGGAACAUUCAUGGCAUCAGGAGACCAUUUCAUCAAAUACAUACCAAAUAUCCCCGGCCAGGCGUUUCACAGUUAUACAUCAAAUUCAGUUCAAUACAGUAACGCGAAUCACAUAUUCGCGGUCCUGAUUUUGGAGAAGAUGUUUCGCCGCGACAUAGAAUCGAUCAUGCGAGAGUACGUUUUCAGCCGCUUUGGAAUGGACUCUACUACCACGGACCUGACUCUGCUGGACGAUGAGAGAAAAUCUGCCCUUGGACCCAUACUCCGAGGCCGCCGUGUUUCGGGCGACCCUUCCAGAUGCGACGAGAUACAUACAGACUUAUUGGGAGAUACAUCCAUUGCUUCUGCCUGCUUUGGAACCUGGAGUUGCGCCGAUGAUUUGGCUGGUUUGCUUUUGCAGCUCAUCGACCUAAGGACAGGUGACAAAGGGACCAGCGGUAACAAAGCCAUCUCAAAGAAGGCAGCCGAAGCGUUUUUCAACAAGCGAGCCCAAAUAGAAGAAAAAGCUUACGACUCAACGUUUGCGGGCCUUCUCUGUGACACGACAUCCGAAUGGAUGGUGGGAGACUCUCCGGACAGAUUGUCCCGGCCGGACGCACUCUACACGCUGGGCAGUUACUGUGAAAAGGGCAAGGUCGAGCCGCAGAAGAUAUACAGCAAAGGAGGUGUGGUGGACGGCUUUACAAGCCGCCUCAUUCUUGCUCCUGAACAUCGGGUGUGCAUCGUCGUGUUAACUAAUUCUACCGGUCCGGUCGACUUUUCCUCUCAUGUGGCUCAGUGUAUCCUGCAGGAAGUCCUUGGACUGGAGGAGAGGCACGAGAUAGCCGAGAAGGUCAUGGAGAACCUGGAUGCGCUUUGCCGACCCUGGAGGGACCUUGAGAGCCAGGAUGAGGACCUAGGCGCUUGGCCCGAUCCGAUCGAUAAGUUUGUCGGAACGUACCGAAACCGUCUGGUGGGAUAUGACCUGAAGAUUUCGCCUGACAGUGAUGCCAUAUUUCACACCGGGGUGCCUAGGAAAUCGGGGAAGAUGACGGUCCGUGCCCGGAAGUCCACUAUCCGCCUCUUCCCAGGCCCUCAAGGCUUUAGUAUUGAGCGGCUGGCUGAAGCGGGGUGGAAAAAUCUGACUUUGGACUGGCAGGAGGAAGAGGGUCGGAAGGUUUUGGCGUGUGGCAAGGGUCUCACAGACCGUUAUUUCCAAGUCAGAGAUGAGUGA